AUGGACAGCGUCCGCGGGAGCAACCGUCGCAUAAACAGCCUGCAGACCCGCGAACGCCUGCGCAGCAACAGCUCGGCCACGCUGCGUGGAAAGCGCCCCGUCACCGCCCAAGAUGCCUACCUCUAUGCCCUGCGCGUCGCGUUCCUCGCAUACCUGCUGCAGCCCCGCCAGAAGCGAGUGCAGCAUGUCCCCUCGACCCCCAAGCAGGUCCAGCGUUCGUCGACGUCCAUCAACGACCUCAUGAAGGACUUCUCCCUCAUCAGGGACUCCAAGAGCACCCGCUUCCCCCGCGACUUCAUGGCCGCCCUCGAUAAGCGCAUCACCAAGGUGCUCAUGGGCCAAGAGCGCAUGCCGGAGUUCCAGGACGCCACCGUCAAGCGAACCUUUGCCGUCUUUCUCAAUGCCUUCAAGGACCCCUCGUUUCGAAAGAACAUGGACAAGGACAGGCGGGUCGAGGACUUGCUGCUCAUCUUCUACUCGAAUGCCACAAAGGAGCUGCAGAAGGGAAAGGCACCGACCGACGACAACUGGAAGCUCAUGGUCGACCGCCAUGUCGCCCUCUUCCUUCGCCUCGUCAGCUCCAUCCUCAGGGACCACGACUGGCAAAGGGACCGCCCCGAGCUUGCCCAGAGGCUCAUGACCAUGGAGAAGAAGCUGCUGGUGCACGACCAGGAUCUCGCUGCUGAGAACCAGCGCAACGGCGGUCAAGGAGGCACAACAAUUGAGGUAGAGAUUCCCCGAAGCUACGAGGUCAAGGACAUGCCGCUUGUUCUGGUGGUCUCGCGCAUCUUCUCCAUCAGCUACUCGGACGUGCAGAAUGACAUCAACAGAUACAAGUCUGUGUGGACCGAAAAGGCGGCACUCCAAGAUCUAAAGACAUACCAGGCCCAUCUCAGCCUCAUGACAAAGAAGACGCUCAACGCCGAAGACUUUGACACUGAAGAGGCAUACGAGGCAUGGAAGAACCAAGAAGUGCCAGACCUCUCGCAGAUGAUUCUAGCAAUCAUCCAGUCUAACCCGGAACUAGCAAAGAGCUCACCUGGUGGAGCUGUACCCCAGUUCAAGCCAAGAGCACCAAUGGAUGCAGGCUAUGCAGACGCCUCCAGACAAGGGUCCAUGUCUUCUGAAAGUGGCUCUUCGUAUGUAAUUGACCAGCCUGUAGACAUGAGCGGGCUCCACAUCAACGACGAUUCUGACCACGACUCGUCGUAUACUUUCAUACCUUCCGACCCACGUGCCACUUACCGUGCGAUACUGAAUGAAGCGCUGAAACAUGACUUGGCCGAUUCCGAGCUCGAAGCAACCGAAGCAACUGCCGAAAGUCCAUCCGUGAAGCUGCUGUCAAAACAAUCCGCUGAGCUCCUGAAUGAAAUAGCCCUUCGGUGGAGGAUACCCCAGUUUUCGCGCCUCGUCUUGUUCAUGGACGUUGUAUGCGAACGAUACACCAAUCAGGAGGUUGACCUGGACACACUCGAUGCAGCCUUCAACUACGUCAAGGAACCACCCCCAGUAGACAAAAGGGCUAGCCGUAUGAGCUUUGUUCCAGUCCAAUCAUCCCUCUUUGACCGGACGAAGUGGACAAUUCAUGACUAUGCACUUAACCAGCAGAUCUUGUCUGCGUUGCACGACUGCCUAUUGCGUGAGCUGUAUGAGCUCAUGAUGCACGUGUACGAGUCCAAGCCACCUCCCCUCGGUCCAGUCAUGUAUGUCCUGGAAAAUCACAUCUAUGACGACCCCACAUUUCCAGGUACAGAAGAAGAAAUGGACAAAUUCACUGAGCAGUUACGCCAAGGCCUGCGAGAAAAAGCUGGUGAUGUGUAUCGCGAGCUUCUCGCAAAGCACAUACCGGACACAAAGGAAGAGUGGGAGUUCUAUCAUGUCAUUGAGCUUGGUCGUGCCGUUGUCAAAUUGUGCGAGCGGAUACAGAAGCGUUACCGCAAGAAUCCAGAAGUCAUGGGUGCCAGUCCCAUGAUGUGUCUUGUGGAGAAGAUGUUUCCUGCAUAUGCUGCUGAUGCACGAGACCUGGUUGCUCGGAUCAUGGACGUUGCCCAUAACAAAGGAGAAGAUGUCCCGAUUCAGGAUGGGUUUGAUUUGUACAAGGAACUCGUUGAGAUUCGCCGCAUCCACAGCGACGCGUUACCGGGCAAGAAUUUUGCUUUCAGUAUCGAAGACCAGCUGCAGGAUUUUGUAUGGAGAUGGAUACAGAUGACGGAUGAGAACCUGACUGGCUGGGUGGACAAUGCGUUCAAAGCAGAUUCUUUCCAGAUUGAAUCGCAGAAUCCUAUACCCAUGGAUGACGAGAGGCAUAGCGUUUCGGUUGUUGAUGUUUCCCGAUCCUUCAAUCAGAGCAUUGAGCAAAUCGUAGCUCUGAAUUGGGAUAAUGACGUACAUUAUGCCAAGUUCAUGACAGCUCUCUCCAAAUCGAUCGGUACUGCCCUUGCGAGAUACUGCGAGCUCGUGGAGCAGAAGUUUGCUCGGGAAAUGGACCGUUUGACGCCUGAACAGGAAGCUGCUGCCAAUCAGACCAGACAAGAGAAAUGGCUUUCUACCGUCAAGGACUUUUACAGCCAAAAGGACAAGAUUGAACCUUUCCAAUUCUACCCCGAGUCUCUUGUCAAACUCAACAACAUCGAAUAUGCAAUGCAGCAGUUAGAUAAGCUCGAGCGCGAGAUUGGCGUCGAUGCUUGCGCUGAGGUCCUCCAGAAGAAUGCCCCACCCCAGCCGCAACGCCUUCGCAACAAUAAUUUUGUCUUCACCAUCAAGAUCAUCGAGGCUGAGGAUCUGAAGGCAUGCGACAUCAACGGGCUUAGCGACCCGUAUGUAGUGCUUGGUGACGAGUACCAGAAGCGCCUGGCUAAGACACGAGUCAUCUACCGCAACUUGAACCCUCGCUGGGAAGAGACCAUUGACAUCACCACCAACGGUCCACUCAAUGUUGUUGCGACAAUAUGGGAUUGGGAUGCUAUGGGCGAUCACGAUUGCGUUGGCAGAACAUCACUCAAGCUCGAUCCAUCACACUUCCGAGACUAUAUGCCCCGCGAGUACUGGCUUGAUUUGGACACACAAGGCCGCUUGCUGCUGCGUGUGAGUAUGGAGGGCGAGCGAGACGACAUACAAUUCUACUUUGGCAAGGCGUUCAGAACACUUAAGAGGACUGAGCGGGACAUGACACGAAAGAUUACAGACAAGCUCUCAUCAUUCAUUGGCUACAAGCUUUCGCGCCGGUCACUCGAUGCUCUCCUGAACAAGGGCGUGGCCUCCAAGGUAACAAAUUACCUAGGAAAUUUCAGAUCUGCGCGACCCAUGUCAGUUGUUCAAGGACCUACUCAGCAAGACGUUACGCAGGCUCUUGGCCCUCUCUUUGUCUACUUUGACGAGAAUUUUGCCAUUAUGAAGCAGACAUUGACGGAUGCAGCCAUGAUUAUGGUCAUGACGAGAUUAUGGAAAGAGACACUGGCAACAAUAGAGUCGCUGCUGGUGCCCCCACUAUCUGACAAGCUCUCACAGCAGCGACCGCUAACCCAACAAGAGCUUGACAUUGUGUUCAAGUGGCUCAAGAUGUUAUUUGACUUUUUCCAUGCUGUGGAUGAGGAUGGCAACGUUGAGGGAGUACCAAUGGAUGUGCUCAAGUCGCCCAAGUACCACGAGCUGCAGAACCUAAACUUCUUCUACUUUGAGGCAACGGAAGACCUUAUCCGGACGUCUGAAUCCAUGGCUGCAGCGAGUGCAAAGAGACAACAAGAGCAAGCGCAGCGCAUGAACCGCAUGUCUGCUCCAGCCUCCAUGGGUCACCAGUUUGGCGGCGCUGCGGGAUUUGCGGGCGUGCCGUCUCGUCGGCACAAGACGAUUAUGCUGUCGCGCAACUUGGGCACGAUGAAGAAGGCCAAAGAGGAGAAGAGAAAAGAAGCGCAAGCUGAGCCAAACGAUGAUAUGAUUUUGAGGAUUCUGAGAAUGAGACCAGAGGCUGAGCGGUACUUGAAAGACCGGAGUAGACAAAAGGAGCGGCUUGCAGCUGCCCAGGCGGCAGAGGCAAUUGUACGACAGAGCCUGAAUGCAGGUGGCGGCAGGAUGGCGGGCGGCAUGGGUGCUGGGCGUCGGUAA